CUCGGCUCAGGAAGAGAGAGAGCUCGAGCAUUCACUAGAAUGCUGGCGCUGCGGCUGUCUACUUUACUCUCUGCUCCCUACUACGAAGCAUCAUGCCGCCAAAGAAGCCUGCUGGCAAUGUGGUCCAGGCUGAGGUCGCCCUGCACCAGUCGUUGAAGAAUUGUCUGGUCAACCUCCCCUCUUCACUCGUCUCGGUGCUUGUGAAUGCCAACACGGUUGCGCAGAAUGUCGUCGUCGAGCUCUCAUACCGCCAGCCCCCUCCACCUGGCGCCUCAGAGACGAGGAAUGCUGUUCCGCAGAAGUCAGUCUAUAUGGGCUGGACGGGCAUGCAGAGCAAGCGCAGGAUUGCACCCGUAGUCGGUCGAGAUGGGCUGAGAGGCAGUCAGACCUCCAGCCAGCAAGAACUACCGGCGGUAGAGGUGGAUGCAACAUUCGCAAGAUUAAUUGGGCUUCAAGAAGGACAGAAAGUGGGCAUAUCGCUGCAUCUAGAUCCUCCUCAGGCGCACACUAUCAACAUUGAGCCUCUGACUCCUGUCGACUGGGAGAUGAUUGAGCUCCAUGCGCAAUUUCUAGAACUGAACUUUCUAUCCCAGAUACGCGCGCUACCAAACCCUCAGGCGCAGUCUCCACACCCGCUUACCCUCCACCUCUCGCCCACUACCACUGCGAACAUUACCGUCACAUCAAUCGCUCCUGCCCCGCCAACCGUCUCGCCAUUCGUCAAGAUAUCUCCCGAUGCUGAGGUUAUUGUUGCGCCGAAGACACGCCAGAAAGAGCGAAGCUCGACACGGGAGAGCAGGAGUGUCGGAGCUGCCUCUAGAAAGAGCGGGAAGAGCACCGCAAGCACAGUCAGGCGCCGCAGUGGCCGCGAUGACAAUGCUAGCAAGGGUGCCGUCUUCCUCCGAGGUGUCGAUCGUAGUGUAGCCCAGGAGUGGUUUGACGACGAAGAGGAGGUAGAUGCUCAGGGUCUCAAAGUCUGGGUAGACAAAGAUGUACUUCUCACGAAAGCCCUCAGGGGUGUCAACUGGGUUUCUGUAGCCAUCAUAAAACCUUCAGGACUCCAAGAGCCCGUAGACAUGUCGAAAGAGCAAGAUCAGGAGAAGCCUGCAACUCGUGUGGUCGCAAAGGUCGCAGCUUGGGAAGAUGCGCCCGAUAGUCGUCACAUUGCACUUUCAACCGAUCUUUGCAAAGUCUUGGGCUUUGCAGGCUUCGUUGGUGGUCUCGUUCGGAUUGAGGGUGCACCAAAUCAAACCGCAAAGCCCUCGGCCAUCAAGGCACAGGGCUCGAAAGAGUCUAGGGAGGUAGUGGCCAAGUCAGUCAAGAUCAUACCAUUCUCUACAAGCGCAUCACAGAGCAAUGCCUCUCUGAGGUUUGGUGGUGAGUCUAAGCAGGAGCAGGAAGAUGCUAUUCAGAAGAUCAAAACUAUAUACGGAAGAAAGAACGGGCUCUUGGAUGGACCAGUCACAGACGGUAUGGUGCUAUAUCCACCAAAAGACUCUGCGGCAGGUUGGGCAGGAGGCCUUGUAAGAUUCGAUCCACCCCAACCUGCGAGUGGUAUUUCAUGGGUGCUGUUUCCAGAGAGGAAGCUCCCGGUCGAGCUUGGACAAGAGAUAUCAACGCCGUCAAGCUGGUUGAGAGGCUCGCAACAGGGCGAUCCAUUACCGGAAAGUCCCCCAAAAUUAGUUGGCAUCGACCCUCUCGUCGAACAACUGCGGUCACAUCUCACACACAAUUCCUCCGUUCUGCUCACGGGUGGCCUCGGGGCUGGGAAGUCGAAUUGCGCGCAGCUUCUUGCACACCAGUUGCGAACAGAAUACCUGUUCAACACAAUCUACUUCCCCUGUCGUAAGCUAGUGACGGAUGAGACAAGAGUCGCAACCAUCAAGGAGACACUCAACAGGCUAUUCGCAUCUGCUUCCUGGGGCGCUAGAGGGGGCGGCAAUGCAGUGGUCAUCUUAGAUGAUCUAGACAAGCUAUGUCCAGUGGAGACUGAGCUACAAGUUGGCAACGAAAAUGGACGCAGUCGACAUGUCAGCGAAUGUCUCAUCAACAUUGUCAGACAGUACUGCUCGAUGGAUUCUGGGGUAGUCUUGCUGGCGACUGCACAAGGCAAGGAGGCUCUCAAUAAUGUGAUCGUCGGCGGUCACAUCGUGCGAGAGAUUGUCAGCUUGAAGGCACCGAAUAAAGACGGCAGACGAAAGGUACUUGAGAUGUUGGCACUCAAGGACGCAAAAGUCGAGUCGCCUCAGCAAACCAAUGGCCAUGCCUUCCCAGCGUCGCCUUCGAACAGCCGGCCAAGUACAUCGCAUCGUAGUCAGCCCAGUGUUGGAAGCAUACAACAGGAGGAAGAUUAUGGGUUUGUUGUAGACUCCGCUAUCGACUUCCUCGAUCUCGCUGGCCAGACUGAUGGCUACAUGCCCGGUGACCUUGUCCUCCUCACUUCGCGAGCCCGCAACGAAGCACUCAUUCGCUCAAUCAGUGACUCCUCUAAUACUGUCUCCCUGACCAGAGACGAUUACACUCAAGCACUAUCUGGUUUCACACCAGCCUCCCUUCGCAACGUAACACUACAAUCCUCAACUACAAAAUGGGACUCAAUAGGUGGCCUCCUCACAACACGCCAAACCCUCCUCGAAACCUUACAGUACCCCACCACAUACGCGCCCAUUUUCGCCCAAUGUCCUCUUCGGUUACGCUCAGGUCUACUCCUCUAUGGCUACCCCGGCUGUGGCAAGACCCUACUCGCCUCCGCCGUAGCAGGCGAAUGCGGGCUAAACUUUAUAUCUGUCAAGGGCCCCGAAAUCCUUAACAAGUACAUCGGUGCGUCUGAAAAGAGCGUCCGAGACCUUUUCGAGCGCGCAGAAGCAGCACGGCCGUGCGUCCUCUUCUUCGACGAAUUCGAUUCUAUUGCUCCGAAGCGCGGGCAUGAUUCCACGGGUGUGACGGAUCGUGUGGUCAAUCAACUGCUCACACAGAUGGAUGGUGCGGAGGGACUAAGUGGUGUCUAUGUGCUUGCCGCGACGUCAAGGCCUGAUCUGAUUGACCCUGCGCUUUUAAGGCCGGGACGAUUGGAUAAGAGUCUUCUCUGCGAUAUGCCGGAUGUGGAAGAGCGUAUCGAUAUUCUCAAAGCUGUGACGCGGAAGUUACAUCUCGCGCCCAGCGUUCUUGAAUUUGACGACGCUGGUGAGAAUCUAAGAGAGAUAGCGCAAAGGACGGAAGGAUACUCCGGCGCAGAUCUACAGGCUGUAGCUUAUAAUGCUCAGCUUGAAGCUAUCCACGAUGUGCUUGGGGACACAGACUUGGGCGAUCCAACGAAGAGCGGAGACGGAAAGAAGAACGGGACGAGCGCUGCAGGGAAAGGAAGCAAAGAGAAAGGCAUCCCGGAGUUCACACACUUCCGUUAUGGCGACCCGGCAUCUGAUACAUCAGCAUCCACACCAGCAAAAACCUCUUCUCAACUCACUGAGCGCGCUAUGAUCGCCCAAAAGAUUGCUGCCCUACAAUCGCUUCGCCGCAAGCAGAAACUACUUCAACGUCCUACUUCAAGCCACAAUGAUGAUGAGAAAGAUGGCAAGGUUGACGACGACAAUGAGAGGAAAGACCCAGAGAUCCAGUGGAAGCAUAUUGAACAUGCCCUCGCGACAGGACGCAGCAGUAUCUCUGCGCAGGAGAGGAUGAGACUGGAGAGGAUAUACAGGGAGUUUGUAGAGGGACGGGAUGGGGAUUUACCGAAUGGGCAGGGCGGGACAGAGAUUGGUGGGAGAUCGAGCCUGAUGUAGUGGACAUGUAACUAUAUAUAUUUGGAUUACGAGGCGGCUUGGGAUCCGCUAGGAUAUAGUAUGGCUUGGAUACAUAUAGUGUACAAUAGAAUGUACAUAAUGUUCGGACAUGGCGCUUUGCGUAAUGACAGAAUCUCC